AUGGUGAUAUAUCACUGUCUUGAUGAAGUCACGACACUGCUAUGUAUUUGGAUCACUGCAGCAUUUAAAGGCCGGUGUGAGGUCAUAAAGCCAAACAAAAGAAUGCGGACUACACUCAUACCAUAUUUGGAAAUCAGUAUUACCUGUAAACGUUCAUUCGGCUCGGAAAAGAGGGGUGUCGCCCUAACCAGGACAACAUUUCUUUGUGACGAUUUUAAGCAUCUGAACGUGUCAUGGUGGUAUGAUUGGCAAAUGGAUCUAUCCUACUUCCAUGAGCAAACGUCCUGCACGGACGUCCAGAUAAUGGCCGACAAGUUUGUGCCCAUGGUCUGGGGCGGCCACCGCCAUAUCAACCUAACGUCCACCGCACCGGCCGUUCUCGGCUUCAAUGAGCCAAACUUCCACUCUCAGGCUAACCUUACACCGGCGGAGGCGGUGGCCGAGUGGGCAAAGCUUGAGAGUCGCUCUCACGGACGGCCGCUCGUUAGUCCAGCUGCCUCAUCUUGUCACACGACGUCAAAGUGUUACGGCGACACAACCGAGUGGUUCGAUGAGUUUUUCCGGCUAUGCAAAGAUUGCCGCGUGGACUACAUCGCGACACAUGCGUAUCAUUGUCAUGGGGCGACGACGAUGGCGUACCUCGAGCGGUUGUGGCAGCGCUAUCACCGGAAGAUCUGGCUGACGGAGUUCUCCUGCCCCGGAACGGACGAUCACAACAAGCAACUACAGUACAUGCAGGAACUACUGCCGCUCCUCGAGGCCGCGGACUACGUGUACAGGUAA